AUUCUUCAGUUGGUUUUCGAAAGCCGGCCGCACCAAACAACGAAGCAGCUCAGGAACAACAUCCGUUGUCGUUGGCAUUUAAAAAAAAAACAAUAUCUGGAACAAAGUGCAAACCGUGUUUCUAAAUCAUUUAUUUUUUUAUCGUUUUAAACAAAUAAAUCCAUUACAAAAUGUCUUACCACAAACCCGAAGCUAGAGCCAUUCAAGAGUUGAAAGACAUCGCACAUCGUUUGCGUAUUCACUCAAUUACCUCAACUCAGGCCUCCAAAUCCGGACAUCCCACAUCAUGCGCCUCAAUUGCCGAAAUCAUGUCGGUAUUGUUCUUCAAUACCAUGCGUUUGAAUUUGAAAUUCCCCCGCGAUCCAUCCAGUGAUCGUUUGGUCUUGUCGAAGGGUCAUGCUGCACCAAUUCUGUACGCUGCCUGGGCUGAAGCUGGUCUUUUCCCAGUUGAGGAAUUGCAAAAUUUGCGCAAAAUCGACAGCGAUUUGGAGGGUCAUCCCACGCCACGUUUGAAUUUCAUUGAUGUCGGUACUGGUUCGUUGGGCCAGGGUGUUGCUGUCGCUGCCGGCAUGGCCUAUGUUGGCAAGAAUUUCGACAAAGCUGACUACAGAACCUAUGUCGUUGUUGGCGAUGGUGAAUCGGCCGAAGGUUCCAUUUGGGAAUCAUUGCACUUUGCUGGCCACUAUAAAUUGGACAAUUUGUGUGUCAUCUUCGAUGUAAACCGUUUGGGUCAGUCCGAACCCACAUCCCUGCAACAUCAAAUGGAUGUCUAUCGCAAACGUUUGGAAGCUUUCGGUUUCCAUGCUCUCGUUGUCGAUGGUCACGAUGUUGAGGAAUUGUGCAAGGCCUUCUACGAAGCUGCCAAUACCAAAAAUCAACCCACUGCCAUUAUUGCCAAAACCUUCAAGGGUAAAUUCUUCCCCAACAUUGAGGAUUUGGAUAACUGGCACGGCAAGCCCUUGGGCGACAAGGCCAAUGAGGUUGUCAAACAUUUGCAGGGUCUGAUGUUUGACUCUUCGCCCAGACCAGCUGCCUUGGCACCCCAAACACCCACCAAAUGCAAGCCAGCACCUCCCGUAGAUAUUACCAAGGUGCAAUUGUCCUCACCACCCAACUACAAAUUGGGUGAACAAGUGGCCACUCGCUUGGCUUACGGCACCGCUCUGGCCAAAUUGGCUGAGAACAAUGACCGUGUCAUUGCCUUGGAUGGUGAUACCAAGAAUUCCACCUUCUCCGAUAAGCUGAAGAAGGUCUUCCCCGAACGUUACAUUGAGUGCUUCAUUGCCGAACAGAAUUUGGUUGGUGUUACCAUUGGUGCUGCCUGCCGUGACCGUACCAUUGCCUUUGCCUCCACCUUCGCCACCUUCUUUACUCGUGCUUUCGAUCAAAUUCGUAUGGGUGCCAUUUCCCAGACAAAUGCCAACUUUGCCGGCUCCCAUUGCGGUGUGAGCAUUGGUGAAGAUGGUCCCUCUCAAAUGGGUUUGGAAGACAUUGCCAUGUUCCGUGCCAUUCCCGGCAGCACCGUCUUCUAUCCCUCGGAUGCCGUCAGUUGUGAACGUGCCGUAGAAUUGGCUGCCGUUACCAAGGGUGUGUGCUUCAUUCGCACCUCUCGUCCCAACACUGCCGUUUUGUACGACAACAAUGAACCCUUCGUCAUUGGCAAGGGUAAGGUGGUCAAGCAAUCGGCCAACGAUCAAGUUUUGCUCAUUGGUGCUGGUGUUACAUUGCAUGAGUGCUUGAAGGCUGCCGCUGAAUUGGAGAAGGCCGGUGUUCAUGCCCGUGUCAUUGAUCCCUUCACUGUUAAGCCAUUGGAUGUGGAAUUGAUUGUUGAAAGUGGUCGUGCCUGUGGUGGACGCAUUGUUGUCGUUGAAGAUCACUACCAACAAGGUGGUUUGGGUGAAGCUGUCCUCUCGGCUUUGGCUGACAAACGUGAUUUCGUUGUCAAACAUUUGUACGUACCCGGUGUACCCCGUUCCGGACCCCCCACCGUGCUCUUGGAUGUUUUCGGCAUCUCAGCCCGCCAUGUUGUUGAUGCUGCCAAUGCUGUUUUAAAAUUGUAAAACAACACGAACAGAGAAUCUUGGGUGGCCGCCCCGCCAGCAGGCUUAUUAAUAUCUAACUACACUAAGUGUAUAUCUUUACAUUAAUUGAUACAUUUUUAUCUGUACCUCCGUAUACUGUACAAAAUCAUAACUUUGGGGUGUAUCUAUCUUAUUGUUGGUUGUUAGCACAAACAAAAUACUACUACUAAAAAAAAACAUUAUCUUUACUUCAUUCCUAACAUAUUGUACCACCUCCUUCCGGUAAUGCAUUUAUAUGGCAUUCAUUGAUUAUUGCAUUUUUCAUACUUUUUUUAUAUAUGAAUACUUUUUCAUGAUGAUUUGUAUAAUGUGUACAAAAGAAAAAAAAACUAUCCGAUUUUCAGAAUCUUUCAAAGACACAAAAGAUAUAUUUGAAAUAAAUAUUCACAAAAACUAUACUAAA